CUUGCACGGCUACCAGCUUUCAGUCAUGACCUUGGACGUAGGACCUCGAGGGCCAUUUAGUAGGAUCUCCAGGGCCACUGCUGCUCACUCUCUCUCCGGGAGUCUUCCUUUUUGAGGUCCACCUGGCCCGGCACUGAGGUGGAGGCUGCCAAGGAUUAUUGAGGCUGCCCCGCCUUGUAGCCUGGGACUGGAGGAAUUCGUCUUGCCUGAUACUCGAAUUUGUUUAAAGCAAUGCCGUGGUGUUACAUCCGGCCCUGGCAUCCUUUUGCUGUUGGUUCCCUUGGUCCGGCAAGGAGUUGGUGCCCCAUGUAGUGUAGGCCUACCCUGGCACUGGUGGCUCGUCCGGGGUGGUAUUCUAAGCUGUUAGGGGCCAUACCAACUGUCAACCAGCCUAGACUGGACAGGGAAGGCAAGCCCCAAAAGUAACAGCCAGACAUUCUAGUCAGCUGAGCAGGCAGCACUGCUAAUACAAUUGACAUAUAGUGACUGGUUGAGUAUAUGUCUUCCAAUUUAAAUGACGAAACUUCAGCUGAUCAUAAUAUUAGAAAUGAACAAUAUAAAUAAGAGUUAUAAAAGAAAUAGUUAGAAAAGGUAUUAAAAAGAGGACAGUUCAUCACUCUGAAAUAACUGUAGCCUAGACUUUAAAGUUGGUCCUUAGGAGUCAUCCAGAUUGGACUUGAAUACUUCUACUGAGCAGCCUGUGAGGUCACCAGUAUCGUGGGACAUAGUUAAAUAGCAGCUCGGAAGCGUUGUAACACUUGUAAGCUGUUCGACAAGAGAGUUCUGAUCCUGGCUGGAGCUUGCAUUGGGGAACCAUGCACCCAUUUGCACUUGCGCCCUGUUCUUUCAGUGAGCUGUGGCUCCACUGCGGUAGCCUCAGAGUGUAGAUGAUGAUGAAUCUCGCUGUCUUUGUUGGGCGUCCUAGGAUUUUAAGUCUAUCCCAGUAUGAGGGCUCUUUCAUUUCUCUAAUCUGCUUGCUCAAUGACCUCUGGAGAGUCUGGACUGACUCAAGGAUUUGGAUGUCCAUUGUUUUGUGUGGGGGCCCCAGCUGGCUACAGUGGACCAGAGCCUUCCAGAGGGUAAUCAGGCAGUCUCUCUGUAAUGAAGUAUUUGCAAGUGAGUGUGCGUAGUGAAGUGUAGGAUAUAUAAGUGUGCAUAGUGAAGUGUAUAAGUGUGCAUAGUGAAGUGUAUAAGUGUGCAUAGUGAAGUGUAGAAGUGUGUGUAGUGAAGUAUUUAAGUGUAGAUAAGUAUUUAAGUGUGCAUUUUGAAAUGUAUAAGUGGGCAUAGUUAAGUAUGGAAUUUAAAAAAAAAAAAGUAACAAUAUGGAAGUAACGGUCGAAGGGAGACACACUUAAUUACUUACAAUGCUUAUCCCUACUUUUAUGAUCCUGUGUACAUUCCAUACUUAACUUAACCUUCAUGGCAAUACAUCUCUCCUGGGAAUGGAAGGUUGGUAGGGUCGUAUUUUAAAACAUUUCGCCUCCCAAGUUCACAUAUUUGACGAGGCUUUCGUAGGAGUUGUAGGCAUUUCCAGGGGUAGUUUUAAAACCCUGGUGGUAGUUUAACCUGUCCUCUGUACCGUGAACCUAAAAAAACACUCAUUAGAACACGAUUGAUCCCAACUUUGGCCUUUAGAAAUAGCCGAUGUGAGAACUGAAAGCGUCUUGUAAUGCCGCCCAUAGUAUCCGCCCAGCAAUCUUUCAAACUUUUUUUUGCUGUUUCUGUUGUGGUGCUGGAAUGUGCCGUCACACUUGGGUGGACUCCUAGACAUUUUACAUGGUGGUGGGUGUCGAUUUUUUUCUUUUUUUCUUUUUAACGUGUCAGCCUAUAGCACCGGUAGGCUUUCUUGAGGGGACUGGAUGGUAGUCAGCCCUGGCCCAUCAUGGCGCAGGCAAGUGUUUUUUUUUAGAGGUGCCAUCUUUUCUUGUUUAAUUAAGGUCAAAAGAGAGAGGUGGAAGGUGUUGGAAAAAAAGCCUUUGUACUUUAGUGGACUAGUAAUGGCUCUAUAGGUGACAUUGAUGACCUCAGACUAACUUUCCCUUCCCCCCGGCAGCCAUGGCUUGUGGAGGUGGAGGCAUAGGUGGAGGCGGAGGUUUCCACGGUGGCGGUGGGGGCCAGGGAAUCCCAGACGAGGUCUUGGAGUUUGGAGAGGUCAUGCACUCGUGUCAGGACGACCUGGUGUGCAAAGUGACCCAUGUGGAUUUCCCACAACUCAACACACCAAUCUACCUGGAAAACCAGAUGCAGAUUGGCACAGUGUGUGAGAUCUCUGGCACCCCGAUGCAGAAGUAUGUGUCCGUUAGACUGUUAGAGGGUAUUAAAGCUUCCUUAUUUGAAAAGGACUUUAAGAUCUACAUCAACCCCGCCACACUGCUACCCCUGGCUGUAUUCUUGCCGAGGGGUGCCCCGGGGCAGGGUGGUGGCCAGGGCGGACCAGCAGGGCAGGGCGGAGUAGCAGGACAGGGCACUGCAUCAGGACAGGGUGGAGCAGCAGGACAGGGCAGAGCAGCAGGACAGAGCAGAGCAGCAGGACAGGGCGGAGCAAGAAGACGAGGGGGGAAAAAAGCUUGGAGAGGUCGCUUCCAAGGAAGAGGAGGAAGAGGAGGAGGGGGACAAGGUAGAGGAGGAGGAAGAGGAGGAGGGGGACAAGGUAGAGGAGGAGGAGGAGGAGGAGGAGGUGUCGUUGUUGGCCGACGUAGAGCACUUGAAGAUAUUUGGGACUUAGGGGUACCCAGAAGAGUACAAAGAGUAGCAGACUGGCUGGAACAGAGAAGAAGAGUAGAAGGAGAAGGAGGAGGAAGAAGAGAAAGAAGAAGAGAAAGAAGGCGACGUCAAAGAAGAAGACAAAGAGGAGGAAGAAGAUCAAGAGAUUGUGAGUGUGGGUAAGAGCUCAAACAAGGAUAAGGUGUGUGUGUGUGUGUGUGUGUGUGUGUGUGUGUGUGUGUAACAAAAAGAAUUAUAAGGAAACAUUUAUUCUCAUUUAAGUUUGUGUGUGUGUGUGUGUGUGUGUGUGUGUGUGUGUGUGUGUGU